AUGUCCUGUGAAUGCGUUAAGGACCUGUUUCAUAUUGCGAAGGAGUACAUUAAGAACACCCCGAGUCGAUUUUCAACAGCCUUAAUUCACCAGAGCAUUACGCGCGCGCACAGCACGGUAACCAAUAAGACACCUGGUCCACUUGCUGGUAUUCGCAUUCUGGACAUGACUCGGGUGCUCGCCGGACCCUACUGCACCAUGCUGCUGGGAGAUCUUGGAGCUGAAGUAAUCAAAGUUGAGCAUCCAACUCGUGGCGACGACACACGCGCCUGGGGCCCGCCUUUCAAACCCCACCAUCAUAAGCAACGGCAACAGCAUGGCCGGGAAAACGGCCGCGGCUCCCUGAACUCCUCGCUAGAUCCCGGUGAGAGCGCGUAUUAUCUCUGCGUCAACCGUAACAAAAAAUCCAUUGCUGUGGAUAUGAAGACAUCGGAGGGAAAGAAGAUCCUUGUGAGCUUGGCGGAAAAAGCCGAUGUAAUUCUAGGACUGGACUACGAGACAUUGGCCCGGGUGAAUCCCCGGCUGAUCUACGCCUCUAUAACCGGGUAUGGGUCCACGGGUCCGUACAGCGGGAGGGCUGGAUACGAUGUGAUAAUUGAGGCGGAAGCCGGGCUCAUGCACAUAACAGGGGAGGCAGACGGACCGCCGGUCAAGGUAGGCGUGGCGGUGACGGAUGUAAUGACUGGGCUGUACACGCACGGCGCGAUCAUGGCGGCGCUGAUGCGCGCGGAGGCGCAGAGAUGGGGCACCCGGCAUCCUUCUAUCGCCCCCUACCAGGUGUUUGCAACCAAAGACGGAAACGACAAGCAGUUUGCGACGCCACCCAGAGCUCCCCACGGAUCCGCGUUCCGCACUAACGUUGACCGCGUAACCAACCGCAUUGCGCUCGUCCGGCUGAUCAACCAGGAGCUCAGCCAGCUAACCACCGAGAGGGUCCUGGGGCUGAUGGAGGGGUCGGGGAUGCCGUAUGGGCCGGUAAACAAUAUUAAGCAGACGUUCGAGCACCCGCAGUUGGUCGCCAGAGGCGUAGUCAAGGAGGUGGAUCAUCCGUUUGUUGGCAGGAUCAAGAUGGUGGGCCCAGCGGUCGAGUACUCGGGGUCGGAUGUCGGCGUGCGCUUGCCUCCGCCGAUGCUUGGCCAGCACACGGAGGAGGUGCUUAGAGGCGUACUUGGGUACGGGGAUGCCGAGCUGGAGAAGGCCGUGAUGGGCGGUGGAACCGUGUUGUAUGACUAUUCCGUAUAG